AUGCGGCAGUUUCAGAGGGCGGGCGCCGAGAUCGUUGAAGCCACAGGUCUUGUUGUUCUUCUGUACAUGAAACUUGCGAGAGUUCUCGGCAUCCUCCAUGCUGACGGAAGCGGCAGUAUGGAAGCUAAUACUUUGGGUAUUGUCGAGGAGUUGGAGUACGACAGUGAGCUUCUGCAGAUGGUAUCGGACAGGCUGCAGACCUUGAAUUACCGCUCCACACACAGUGACCCAAUGCUCCCAUCCAUCGCACGAUUUUGGUUCGACAAUAUGCUUGGGGAGCUGGUGGCAUAUCCAACUUUGCAUGCAAUAAGCUCUGCUACGGACAUGCUCCGGAAACCCCGCAUCCAGUGGAACGUUGGGCGCGGUGACCUGGCCUUUGUUUUCCCGGUCGCCAGACGGAAUAAGACGGCAAGCACAAUCUCCAGAUAUGGCAAUUCGAGCUGCGCCGCAAAAGCAAAAGGAGGUGGGCCGUUCAUCGUAAACGAUUCGCCUUAUUUAGCCGAAGAGGUGUUGCGCAGAAUGGGGUAUAUGGACGACACCAGAAACGCUGAUUUAGAUGAGGCAGUUGAUGCGUUUUUAGGUACAACUCGGAAUCGUAGAGAGUUGCGCAAGAUUGGCAUCCAAAUUGAAUUGAGCGAUACGACUCAAGACAAGUUGGCUAAGAUACGACAUGUUUGCUUGUCUAGCUCGUGCACUGGGGAGCUCUCUGUCCCCCCCUCCGACGACGCAGUCCGCCAGUUCUUGGCGGCGCGCGGCUUCAUUGAUUCCGCCACGUCUUCGGAUGACAUCCAGGGCGCGAUGGACGCUUUUGUUCGAAAGUCUGGCGUCAGCCCGAAGAGGUCAUACAAUGGUCUUGUCGGCCAGUGCCUCGACAUAUCUACAGGCCGCCUGGAAGACCCAACGAGGCGACCAUAG